GCCCAACCGAGAGUUUAAGAAGCCACCAGGAUGAGCUUAGACUUCAGCUCCCCCAAGCCUGGGCCGGGGUCCCUGGAAUGCGAGGGAGGGGCCCCUGGGACCUCGCCGCUGACCCCCCCUCCUUAUGCCGGGGAGGGGGCUCUGGAACUCCGUGUCCUGGAUUGUUGGGCUUGUGCCGUGCUGGUCACCUUGCAAAACCUUCUCAUCGGAGCGCUCAAUCUCCUCCUAGCCGGAGCGGUCUUCGGGUUGAUCCUGCUGCCGGCUGGAGUCCUUUUGGGCUUCGGGUUUCUCUGCCACUCUAAGGUCAUUCCUGACACGCAGGAGCACUACUGCACAAACCAUUUGCACGAUGCAGCCGCCGUGGGUCUUUUGGUGGUGGGCUUCACCCUGCUGGUGCCCCUCCUGGUCCUGGCCCUGGCCGCCUACUGUCGCCUGGCGCGCCGCCUCCAGCUCGGCUACUGCCUGGUGCCCUACAGCAAAGCCAUCUACAAGAACCUGCCCGCCAGCCGCUACCACAGCGUGGGCUGUUGCGGCUGCUGCGCGCAGGACCUGGAUGCAGCCGCGGAAAAAGUGUGGUCUUUUGUGUGCACUGAGAGCUUAUGCACCGGAGACAAAAUCCUCGUGUCCCCACUCACACUUGGCCCAUAA